GCAGCUCCAUCCCCGGUCUCCUCUGCAGCAGGGAGGCUGUGAUCAGAGCCCACAGAUCCGCCAGCUGGUCUGGGUCUACCCGCCAGUCCAGAACCAGAACCGAACCGUUUAGCAAGCAGACCGAUGGGGGCGGGGGGACCAGGCCCUUAAAGAGGGGCCCCGGGCCCUCAGUUACUCCCCUUCCUCUGGACAGGAGGAGGCACAGCUCAUGAUGGGAAACAAGCUGCGAGGAUGAGCAGCAGAACCAGAACCAGUCCGAUCCGAAUCUACGGCUUCCUGCUCAAGUUCCUGCUGGUGGGAGACAGCGACGUGGGGAAGGGAGAGAUCCUGGAGAGCCUGCAGGACGGAGCCAGCGAGGCCCCCUACGGGUACAGCCUGGGAAUCGACUACAAGACGACAACCAUCCUCCUGGACGGGAGGCGAGUCAAGCUGCAGCUCUGGGACACAUCCGGACAGGGUCGGUUCUGCACCAUAUUCAGAUCCUAUUCAUGAGGAGCGCAGGGGGUUAUCCUGGUGUAUGACAUCACCAACCGCUGGUCGUUCGAUGGGAUCGACAGGUGGAUCAAAGAGAUCGAUGAGCAUGCUCCAGGAGUGCCUAAGAUCCUGGUGGGGAACCGCCUUCACCUGGCCUACAAGCGUCAGGUGACCACGGAGCAGGCCCAGGUGUACGCCGAGAAGCUGGGCGUCACCUUCUUUGAGGUCAGCCCUCUGUGCAACUUCAACAUCACCGAGUCGUUCACCGAGCUCGCCCGGAUCGUCCUCAUGAGGCACGGCAUGGAGCGCCUGUGGAGGCCCAACAAAGUUCUGAGCCUUCAGGACCUCUGCUGCCGCUCCAUUGUCUCCUGCACCCCCGUCCACCUGGUGGACAAGCUGCCCCUCGCACUCAAGUCCCACCUCAAGUCCUUCUCCGUGGCCAAUGGCCUCAACGCUCGCAUGAUGCACGGAAGCUCCUACUCGGUCACAGCUCACCACAGCGCCGCCAAGAGGAGUGGAGGGACGCUGCUGAAAAAGCCGAAACUGAUCCGACCGCCGGCUCAGCCCGACCGCUCAAAGCUGCAGAAACGGCUGCAAAAUAUCCUAAUGGCAGUGAAGGCAUCAGCAGGUGCAGAUGGGAUUUAUUAGCUCUGUGUGAAGAGCAGAAAACCAGAAAGAAAACGUCACUUUUUAAAGAUAUCCUCAAGAUAUCCUGCUGCC